GAAGUUCACGGUGGACUUGAUGGAGCCGCAGCGGGCACUGGUGCUAUGGACGCUUCCGGACCGCGGCGAAGAUGAACCGCGGCAUUACGAGGUCACGUGGUGUUGCUGGGUGGGCGGCCUGAGCGCCUGUCAGAACAAGAGCUCGGGCACCGACGGCGUCGUCAUCACCCACCUUGGCGCUUGGCUUAUUUACGACGUAGCAGUCGGGACGAGGUCGGCGCUGCUCUUCAAGGCUCGCUUCAGGACCAGGCCAGACACACCCAGUGAGCCGAUGCUCCUGCACGUGGACAGAGUGGGCGGGGGCAAAGCGUUGCUGUCCUGGACGGCUCCCAAGGCGCCUCGGGGACCCCUGCAGGCCUACGACGUAUCCUGGUGCACGACCUCGUCGUGCGAGGCACUCGAGACGCCCGGAAAGACGCGACACGUGCUCCUGCACGACGUGCAGCCUUCCACGAACUACACGUUCCGCGUGCGCGCCAAGAACGUGCUCGAGGACACACCCCUGGAAGGACCGCACGCGGAGGCCACCGUAUUUACGCCUCCCAAGGGGCUCAUCUUCCAGCUGGUGGUUUCCAUGUGGACGGCGGUGUCGCUGUCCUGGACUAGCGUCGAGCAGGGCGGUAUCGUGAUGGGCGUGUUCACAGUCAAGCACUGCCUGGCUGAAGGUGUCCAGGCCGGCAGCUGCGAGAAGUUCUUUGUGCACGACAGUCGCAAGGUGAUAGCGAACGGCCAGCCCUGGACAAUGGCCAGCGUUGAAGUGACCGACCCGUCGGACGCGCUCCUCUUCUACACCGUCUACCGGUCACCGCCCGGACGUCCCAGUGCUCCACUGGAGGUGCAGGUGUCUCCGUUGAACUCGUCGGCGCUGGAGCUGCGUUGGUCCCCACCAGAGCUGGGCCGGGGUCCCGUGGACGGGUACCUGGUGAAGUGGCACACCUUCUACGGCGACGGCGAGUCGCUGCGCCUCGGCUCCAGAGACCUGCGCUCGCUGGUCAUCGCCGAUGUCGAGGAACUGAACACGUACACCGUGCAGGUUGCCGCGUACAACCUCUGGUCUGGCAGUUUCCUGGCCGGAGAGGAGGCUGUCACCUACGGGAUCUCCUACUCCUCCGGCAUGAACGUGAACGUGAGCAGCGGCCUGACGUGGGCCGUGCUGACGUGGACGUUGCGUCACGAAGUGAUCGAGGAGGUGCUGCUGACCUGCUGCGAGCCCGAGCAGCCGGACGCGUGCCCGCACGAGGUGCUGCUCAACAGCAGCGCGCGUCGACACCGGCUGCAGGGACUCGAACCGUGGCGGGCGUACGACUUGCGCUUCUUCCGCUACGAAGGCAUGGCGCUGGUGCUCAGAAAGCGCUUCAGGACCGGGAAACCCGUGGAGGCGGUCCCGUCCUUAUCACCGCCCGACGUUGCCUACACGUUCCUGGACGACGGCUCGGUGCUCGUGUCGUGGAUUCCGAGCCCCGGAUGCGCCCCUGCCGCUGCUCCCACUAGCAACGUCAGUAGCGGCAGUGACAACGGUGAAGGCUUCCUGGUGUCCUGGGCACCUGUUCUACAGCAGGACUCUUCCGGUGCAAAUAGCGUACGGGAGGAGAUCACUGCGGACACCCACCUGACGUUGCGGCGGUUGACGCCUUCCACCACUUACGUGGUGGAAGUGCAUGCCCUGACCGCCUGUGGCACUGACGAUGCUCCACGCGUUUGGGCGCUACGGAUUGACACACCACCCGCUGCGUUCCCGACGGCGGUUCCUGCAAACGCUACUCAGUGAACGCUUUCGUGUUCGCGUUCGCUGCCGCGAACCACCGCGUGGAAGACGGCAAAGCCCGUUGUUGCGAGCUGUGAAAUAAGAAUGCUUCCCGUGUUAUUCGAGAAGGCAACACCGAUUAUCGUAUACGUUCAAUGCUGUUUUUCCGAGAUUUUUCUGCAACAGGUCGAUGUUCCUACAAUCUCAUGGUGUCUCUAUCAUUCGUCUAUGCAGGUAAGAUAUUUCUUUUAGAGAUAAGUGAACUGUCCGAUACAUUAAGAAAAUAAAGCAGAUGCUAAGAAUGCUGACAGCACA